GAACAGGAACUGGUGUGAUGACGUUGAAUGUUGAUAGAGACGAUGGCAUCCAUGGAGCAGUCUCUCCUAGAUUUAACUGACAAAGAAACCCGUGAAAAAUUGUCAUUGUGGGAACGACGGACUGAUCCCAUGGCGCCGUUAACAGAUAAACAGACAGACUCGAUUUUGGAAAUUCGUACCGCAGCUGAAACACUUCCCAUUCCAUCUGAGUUGCCUAUCGAGGACCUCUGCAGCCUGACCUCACGCUCUUUGCGUAGCACGUUCACGACAACAGUGCCAGCAUCUACGGAGGAUGUGCUGCUAAAGGGCUUCCAAGCAUUGGACCUAGAGAAUGAGAGAAUAGAGACGGCUCAACAGUUUUUCUCUUGGUUCUCCAAGUUACAAGUUCAAAUGGAUAAUGAUGAAGGAGCUAAAUACAGAAAAACAAGAGACAGUCUGAAUGGCUAUCAGGAACACUGUGACUCCAUUUUGAAUGACGUGAACGAGGCACUGCAGCACCUCGACUCGCUACAGAAGCAGUAUCUGUUUGUGUCCACCAAAACAGGCACUUUGCACGAGGCCUGUGAGCAGCUUCUGAAAGAGCAGUCUGAGCUUGUGGACUUGGCAGAGAGCAUUCAGCAAAAGCUGUCAUAUUUCAAUGAGUUGGAACACAUAAAUACGAAAUUAAAUUCCCCUACCCUCUCAGUGAACAGUGAAGAAUUUAUUCCAGUACUUUCUAAGCUGGACGACUGCAUCGAAUACGUCUCUUCACAUCCAAAUUUCAAGGACUAUCCUGUGUAUCUCACCAAGUUCAAACAAUGUCUCUCAAGAGCUAUGCACCUCAUGAAGACCCAUACUGUGAAUACCAUGCAGAACCUUACUAGUCAACUCACAAAAAGGGAUCCAUUGGGAACAGCCAAUGCAGAUAACGCUUUUACACUGUACUAUGUGAAGUUCAGAGCCGCUGCUCCAAAAGUCAGGACGUUAAUAGAACAAGUAGAAAAGCGGUCGGAGAAGAUUCCAGAAUACCAUCAGCUGCUGGAUGAGAUCCACCAGUGUUACCUGGACCAAAGAGAACUCCUGCUGAGUCCCAGCAUCACCUCCACCAUCACUGACCUGACCAGCCAGAACAACAAGGACCACUGCGCCCUGGUGCGCAGUGGCUGUGCCUUUAUGGUUCACGUCUGUCAGGAUGAACACCAGCUUUACAACGAGUUUUUCUCCAAGCCCACGUCAAAAUUAGACGAGCUGCUGGAGAAGCUGUGCCUGUCCCUGUACGACGUGCUGCGGCCGCUCAUCAUCCACGUCAUCCACCUGGAGACGCUCUCCGAGCUCUGCAGCAUCCUCAAGAACGAGAUGCUGGACGACCACGUCCACAACAAUGCGGGGCAGCUGGGGGCCUUUGAAGCGGUGGUGAAGCAGAUGCUGGAGGACGUGCAGGAGCGGCUGGUCUACCGCACACACAUCUACAUCCAGUCCGACAUCAUCGGCUACAACCCCGCCCCCGGGGACCUGGCCUACCCCGAGAAGCUGGAGAUGAUGGAGAAAAUCGCCCAGAGCCUGAAGGAGGAGCAGCUGCGCUUGCAGUCGGCCGAAUCCUCGUUCUCCGACGUGCAGCUCGAGGACCCCGAGGCCAGGAGGACCAUUAGCUCUGGCGGAGGAGGGGAGGGCUCGCGGCCGCAGACGUCCAUCUCGCCGGCGGAUUUGCACGGCAUGUGGUACCCCACCGUCCGGCGCACCCUGGUUUGCCUGUCCAAGCUGUACCGCUGCAUAGACAGAGCGGUCUUUCAGGGCUUAUCUCAAGAAGCCUUAUCAGCCUGCAUCCAGUCUCUCCUCAAAGCCUCCGAUGUCAUCCUCAAGAACAAGACGCAGGUCGACGGACAGCUGUUCCUGAUUAAACACCUGCUCAUCAUGCGCGAGCAGAUCGCCCCGUUCCACACCGACUUCGCCAUCAAAGAGAUUUCGCUCGACCUGAAGAAGACCAGAGACGCUGCAUUCAAAAUCCUGAACCCCAGGGCUGUCCCCAAGUUCUUCAGACUCAACAGUCACAAUGCCAUCCUGGAAUUUCUGUUGGAGGGCACCCCCGAAAUAAAGGAGCACUACAUCGACUCGAAGAAAGACGUGGACCGCCACCUCAAGUCCAGCUGCGAGCAGUUCAUUCAGCAGCAGACUGGCAUCUUUGUGGGGAAUCUGGAGGAGUUCCUCACCAAGGUGUCGGCUCUGAAAACAAUGGCCGUCCAGGGAGGGCCCACGUACAACCUAUCCCAGCAGCCCUGGGCCCAGCCGGCCAAGAUCCACGACCUGGUGAUGGAUACGUACCGGGUUAUAAAGAGCAAGCUGCCCGGCACGCUGCAGAGCAUGUCUUUGUACUUGGCCAACAGAGACACGGAGUUCAUCCUCUUCAAGCCUGUCAGGAAUAACAUUCAGCAGGUGUUCCAGCGGCUGCACGCCUUGUUGCAGGAGGAGUACAGCGGGGAGGACCUCCAGAUCAUCGCCUGCCCCUCCAUGGAGCAGAUCAACCUGCUGCUGUCUGUAAAUAAGUAGUGGCCAGGUGCGGCCGGCCCGGCGAGCCCGGCCGAGUGGAGUUCCCGCGAGGCAGCGCUGCGAUGGCACAUCUCCUUUUGCCACACCACCCACUCCACUCCACUCCAGUGCCCCACCCCCCCCCCCCCCCCCUCUUCAGACCUCCCCUCCCCCGGAGCAGCGGCCCCUCCAGCAGCGCGGAGCACAAGCGGCGGUGGCGGCGGCGGCGAUGGCGGCAGCAGCGGAGCGCCGAGCCGAGCCAAGCGUAGCCAAGCCGGUGGGAAGGGUUCCAGGAGGCUGCAGGGAGCCUAUGGUGAGAGGAGCGUCUGGGGAAACAAGUUGGCGUUACGGAGCUCGGCUUGCCAGAGAUGAUGCAACAGAUGACAAACACACAAUUUCCCAAACAGUGCUUCUGCCUGGAAAUCAGACAUGAUCCGGAUUUGAUUUGUUUUAAUAUAUAUAUAUAUAUGUGUGUAUAUGUACUGGAAUUACUUGUAUUUUUUAACAAUCUAGUGCAGUUUUAAUGGGAACUGAGAGUACGUGGGGCUUGUAUUGGUCUUGGGAUACGUCUGUGUUGUGGUGUGGGUUUACGGUCCGCAGAGCGCUCGGACUAUACGAUCGACAUACUGUAUCUUUGCGAUGAAGCUGAAGGUCUCGCUUUGGGCCUCGGUAGCCCAAUUUGCAGGAGCUUUUCUGGCAUGGGCUGUCUCCUUUAUAAGGACUAGUAUAGAGAACUCUACAGGUUUCCAGUGUGUGCAGGGGGACUUGCUUUGUUGGUAAUGGAGGGAAGACAGAGAGGCACGGCAUAAAGAUAGCUCUUCUAAGGGGAGAGCCACCUGCAAUUAGGAAGGUCUGGCUUCCAAGUGCCCAUUAUGCCAUCAAUCAGUUGUUUUGUUAGCAUGCCACGAGCAGUCAGGCUUUUAGAAGGGUCUUUAAAUAGAAAACUUUCAGAGGGGGAGUUAUAGUACCUCUCCUGGGAAUCCUGGCAAAGGGAGAAACAUUUAUGGACUAACUCAUGGACUUCAAUGGACAAGUAUGGCAAAUCAGAUAUGCAGUACUAUAUUAUAUAUCCCCACUAACAGAUUAAGCUUUCAAAAUACAUAUAUACACUAAGAUCAUUUUUUUAGAGCAAUACUAUACAACCAUGGUAUAAAUCAAACAUGAAGUUAUACGUUUCUAUGUAUCGUCCCCAUCACAAUGGUGAGGCAUUAAGCACUUUUAAGAAAUAGAAGUUUUGAAUAUGGGAAUUAAAUUUGCAGCUGAAGCAGAGUGUGUGAAUUUCGAAGACUAUGAAAAAAAAAAUAUCGUUGCACUCCUUCGAGAUCCAUUCCAUCUUCAUGACAGACACCUCAGCUACAAGCCGAAACCUUUUUUUUUUUUUUUGUAAAACUUGCUGACAGAGUUUUCGUUUAAUGUUCCCACCAUUUCACAAAACCUCCCUCAUCCAGUUCUCAGGAGGACGUCUUCCCUGUUUUCUAGGAAGUCGGCUUCAACGUUCAUGUAAUUCCACCAGCCCUCCCCUGUCAGUAAUGUGUGUUCAGGCAAAAUAUGUAAAUUGGGAAAAAAUCUUAUGUUUUGUACCAUUUUCUUUUUGUAUAUGAAAUUUUAUUCUACUAUAAGGCAUGAAGGGGGCUCACUUUGCACUGGCAAGAUGUUACAGAAUCAUUCAUUCAAGAUACCACCAUGGUACUGAUUGUUGUACUUAACUUUCAAUAAAGUAACAGAUUUAUUUAACAUU